GAAAUGCAGCCAACUUCACGCAUAUUUGGCAUUCAAUGAUGUGAAUUUGACAUUUCUGUACGAACACUCAAUGUUUCAAAGUGACUAAAACAUAAAUACACAAAAGGUUCGGAUUUCAUUCGUGGACAAACAAAAUUUGAUAAAGAAAAUCGAAUAGACCAUUGAUGGAUUUUAAGGAUAAGCAUUGUUCGUUGUGUUGCAUUUGUGUAGUGUUGUGGAUGAAUUUGUGAAACAGUGACGACUUGGACCAUUGAGUGUGACGAAGGAAGAGCAACUUGUGCAAAAAGUACUCGAAAUGGCAGAGGAGAUGUUUAAACUGAUUCUGGCCGAAACACCGGACAACUUUCGAAAAUGGUUUUUGGAACUGUUCCAGAAUGAGGAGAGAACGAAAUGCAGCAUUGAGGAAUUUGCCGUGUACUUCCUGAAUUUUGUUCGCAAUCAAACCGAAGAGUACAAUAAAAAUUGUUCAUCAUCAUGCAACACACCGAGAAAACUGAUAGGUCACACGGCUGAACGAGCAAUCAGUGCGAAACAAUUUAGCACAAGCGCUAACAAUUCAAUACAACUAAAAUCGCUGGGCGCGAACAAUGAUGUUGUUUAUGGUGGUGGUGGUGGUGGUGGAGGUGGCAGCAGCAGCAACAAAAACAUUUCACGUGAUUUAUUUUCGUCAACUUAUAAUUCACCGAAUGAAUCAAACAGAUCGAUAAAAUUGCGAACAUCACAAAAACUGGUCGAUCAAUCACAAGCAAAUGAUGGGUUUGAUUCGGUGAAGAGUCCAUUGUAUAGUGAUUUUACGGGAGAUUUAAAAAAAACAUUGACUCCCAUUGCGGUGCAUCGUUUGAAUAGCCCGGGAAUACAUGCAUUCAGUACGCCAGCGAAGAAUAUUUCUGCAUUUUCUACGAGCACACCGUCGUUCAGCAAGCAAAAUUUGUCAUCGUCACAACUCCAAUCGCAUCACUAUAGCAACCGGAGCGGAAAUAGCCACAGCCGUAACACAACAAUGUCGUACAACUCGCGGCAGCAAUCAUCCAAUGACUCAAGAUAUUCGUUUGACGAUAGCAGUACAUGCCUUGACACAUCGGUUGGCAUAAAACAAUCGCAUGAAAAGUCCAAAGAUAGACGUAGCGCAAAUACGUCGAACAUUUGCUUGGGUGACUUUCUAGCACCGUUUACAUCAAAACAACAUUCGCAAAAAGCACGCAAAUCGCUUAAUUCAUCGGAACGUUCACCAAAAACAACAACAACAACAACAACAACACCAACGGCCGCAAAUGUUUCGCAUGAAAAAGACUUUCCAAGUUUUAUGCCUAAAGGAAAAAUGAAUCGAACUUCGUUGACCCCGACAUCAGUAUCGUCAGUCGCACAACCACUGUUAGCUACAACAGCAACAACAACAAUAACAACAACGCCCAAGUCAAAUCAAACCGUCAAACCGACUAAACGUGUGGUACCUACACGAAUCGGUGGCAGUUUGAAUGAAUUCAAUUGUCCGGCCUUUCGCAGCGAUAAUAAUAUACUUGAAUUGGCACAUGAAGAGAAUGCCGAAAGCACGCACGAUCUACUGAAAUCACAAAAGGACAUGAUUCGCCGUGUAUUUCAAGAAGAACAACCGCCCGAAACCAAUUUACGUGCGCUAUUGCACGAGAAACUGAAUAUGGUUGGUAAAAAAACGGCAAUGGGUGUGACAGCAACAAAAAACGCACCACCAAUUGACCUGCAGAAAAUCACAAAUAAGCCGAUGCUUGAUAAAUUCAUUGAUAUUUAUUCGAUUGUGCUUGACUUGAAUCUCGUAACGAAUGUUCUGACUGAAGUUGCGUAUUUGGUGAAUUUAAUCAAUCUCGAUGUAGACGAAUAUUACGACCGUAAUCCGCAUAUGUUGGAUGGUAACAGCAUUAACGAGCGAACUAAUGCGAUUGAGUCAACAUUGAGUAAAAUUAAUGCGGUCGGUGAGGCAACAGCGAAACAAAACACCAUCGAUACGAUGGUGAAACAGCAGCAACAGCAGCCGAUGAUGCCACAACAACAAGAGGAGACAGGAAAUGCCGUUGAUAUUGGAUUGAAUAAAGUCAGCAGCACCUGUGCCACAACAGUAAAUGCUGUUGCCAAUAGUACCGUUGCUAUUGAUUCCGUGCAUUCGGCCAUUUUGCUACUGAAGAAUAUCAAUAAUUGCGUUUAUUUUGGUUUGGGCGUUCUGCAAUUACAGAAAAAUAUCCUUCGCAUGCUUGACGUGACAUCGAUAAAAGUGCUGCUUGAAAACGAACGCCUAACGACAUUGGAUGCGACAAUAAAGGAUGAUCUAACGAGUGUGUACUCACAUAAAAUGCAAUUGGAGCGGCCGUUACGCACUCAUGAUACAUCGAACAGUGGUGACUUUGUCGGUGGUUCAAAUGCAGCAUUGCUUGCGCCCAACAACAGCAUGAAAGUAUUUUAUCAGCAAGAGCAAGAUACACAAAUGAAUUUUCCAUCGGCCCGUGAAGCAGCUGCCUUCAAAAAGCAACGAGAUCAUUUUUACAGCAUUUUAGGGAUAUGGGAAUCAAAGCACUUAAAUCCGGCAUGGGACUUUGAGACCGAACUUGGACGUAAAGUACGAUCUAUGCUCCAUGAAAUGGAUCAUCCAAUAAAUAUGGCGCACAUGGCAAAACUAUUUACAGCACAAUUGAUUUUAUCGUGUAAUUUCAACGAGGUCAUUCAAUCCGAUUUACCCAAUAUUGAUCCGGGUAAAUUGAAUAAAUUACAACAACGUUUGGUUGCGCCCAGCCAUUUCAGCACGAAUUUCCAAUUUCCGGGCAACCAAAUAUUUUUCAAGGAUUUCAUAAUUGCUGCCGAACAUCAAACGAAUUUUAUCGAGCAAUUGAAAAUCGUUUUGACCAACGAAUUGAUGGAAAUGAACGAUUCAUCAUUCGAAACAUUGGAAUUGUCAACGAUUGACGAGAACGAGCCUGAAAAUCGACAAGAAUACAUCGUGAAACCGGAGACAUUGUCCACGUUGAGUGUUUUGGCGAAAUUUUUGGGUCUAAUUGUGGCACGGCCAUUUAUCUAUGAGUUUGGUGUGAACACCACCGUUGACAACCGGCAAAUUGAACUUAGAAACAAGAUUCGGACAAUGAUUGACAUCAAGGAGAUACUGAAAAAGUCCAUCAUCAAUCACAAAUUAAUCGUGACACUGCCAUGGAUCGUACAAUUCAUUUCGAUGUUAGAUUCAGUUAGCCUACGAUCCGACUAUUAUCGUGAUGUAUUCAAUAUUUUCUACGAAUUGUACGUGAUGACAGCCGAAUUUGAGAAUAAUACAAUGUUAUCGAUGCGACAAACGUCAGUGUUUAUCAUACGAUCUUGUUUGGGCUGGCUGUUUGAUCAACCUAACGUGCCAAACGAAUACUAUUCGUAUCGUCAGAAUCGUAAACAACUAAAGGCCAUAAUGCAAUCCCAUCCAUCGUUGGGUUCAACCGAAUUGACUGCCGUCGAAAUAUUCGUACCCAAAGACUUAUCGGCAUUUUUCUCAGGGAAACAUCAAAUCUUCUUUAAGGCCAGUGACACACAAACAAACACAAUAACGGGCACAUUGGAAAAGUUUAACAUUGGUCAAAAUGUGCUGGCAAAUGAUUUACAGUUACAAAUGGCGCUUGAAACUUCUCGAGCUGAUAAAAAACUGUCAGAUACCCGAACAUUUGAUCCAUUACUCGAAACGGUUUUGCAGGCAGCUUGCCCAUUUCUAGCCGAUUUCCGUGUAUCAAUCAUGCCAAAACGCAAUUCAAAAACUGUCUCUCGUACUGGUCGCUACCGACACAUUACACCAAAAAUUUGCGAAGCUCCGCCGUCAAUCAACAAUGCACUGAAAACACCGCCUACGGUACAACAGCUGCUAAACGAAGACGAUGAUGCACAAUCGAAAUUGGUAGAAGCAUUUUUGCACUCACAAACUUUGUCCGUGCGACGAACUGUUGAAUUUGUACAAGAGCGCGUUUAUUCCGCUGUUGUUAAGGAUUUUCAAGUGGAAAUACUCAUACCAUUCAAGAAAAGCAUCAUUGAAUCGGUUGAUAAAAUUCAGCUGAAAGAUUCAAAUGCCAUCUUAAAUGAACUGUAUCGCAUCUAUUCGAAUGGCGAAAAGGAGUUGCUGAAAAAAUGGCAAGAUUUCGUAACACCAGCAGCUCUGCAACGAGUCAAGAUAACAUUCGAUGGACUGCUGCCGCACGAAACGGUCGAUGCGUGUAAAUUAACUUGCAUCAAUAUUGCUGUUCAGCAAGCGUUGGCCAAAAUCAACGAAUGGCGCUCGAAAAAUCUGAAGGGCAUCGAAAUAUUCUCCAAGGAUAUUCAAGCCGAUGUGGAAAAGGUUCUGAAAAAUACACCGUUGAAUUUACCACAAAUGAAAAAUACGAUCCAUAUUGAUUUAACGAAACGACCACCAUGGCAAACGUUCGACGAGCUUCAGUGUAAAUUGCAUCAGCUUUCAAUGUAUCCGGCGCAAAUCAAUAGCGACGAUGUUAAUAAAAUUUGCUGGGAAAUCGGAAAGUGCAUCACAGAGCACGUGUUGCCCGAUCCAAUGUACAAAACCAUUGGCGAUAUGUCGGUUCAGUUGGUACUUUUACUGAUUUGGAAUUGUCAUGAUGUGGUCACGAAGCAAGUAAUCGAUCAGUUCAUCAGUCUUUGGCAAAGUAAACAAUUUGCGGUAUUCGUUCGUCCACCGACUACAACCACAACAACAACAACAACAACGGCUGGUCAUUCGGAAUCUCAAGAUAGUGAUACUCAAGCGAAUGUCACCGAAGACCAAUCAAAAAAGACCAAAUCAUUCGAUCCAAUGUACUUGUUCGCAAUGGUUUUAUCGCCCGUUUGUAUAUUUGCACAACAGUACCGACCGCCGGUCACCUUCGAUAAAUUGGCUUUGCUCAUUACGAAACUGAUCAAAAAUGGUUUAAUGAGCGUGGCUUUUUUAAAUGAACAAUGCAUGAAAUUGAUGCAUCAUCAGUGGAAUCAGGCAACAUUGAAAUCGAUUGCACGGACCGUUCAAAGCAUAAUCGACGACUGUAGAAAUACAAUCUCAUCGAAUGACAACGAAGCAUUCUUCCUGGAAUUGCUUGCCAACCUAAUAUCCGGAUUAGAUGACAUCGCAUUUGAACCAUAGACUAGACUAGCCAUUUUUGUGUGUGUGUGUUACAUCGACGAAAUUCAUUCUAUUUUUGAUCUUGUUUUUUAUAUUCAUUUUCCUAUCAAGUUGCUCAUUUCCCUUUAAUCAACGUUUGCCAUUCGAUUGGGAAACCACUUGAUAGACAAUUAAGUAAUAAAUUGAAGAACUACAAUUACAUUUCAUUCGAUAAGCGAAUCGAGAAGAAAGACUUUUUUGUUCUGUUCUCAAUACAUUUUUUUUGUGUGCUACAAUGUAAUUUGUCAUGUACCAUUCGACUUUUUGUUAUUCAAUACAUUUAGGGUAGCAAAUUAACAUUGUCUUCAUUGAACGCUUCCAUGAAUACCAUCCACGAAUUACCAUAGGAAAAUUAGUGUUAAAUCGAACGUUUGAGUGUAAUAAAAGAGCGAACAUGUGACAUCAUUUUGUAAUUCAA